AUGCUCCGUCAGAACGAGACAAGUUUAACCUCGGACUAUACGUUGAGCAUACUGAACGCCUUCCUGAUAAACGGAUCGUACGCCAACCAGUACUCUUAUUUCCACCCCAUCCCUGAACUUGCGCUUCCCGAUGCCGACAUCAUGCUUUUCGCUCUCUCCGACAGUGGACUUGAGUUUCUUGAGCCAACCGAAGACCUUUGGUAUGCUGCAAGUCGUCCCUCCGGCUACAAGAUCCUACAGUCAGAUCUCAGUGGCUCCACGGAGCUUUACCUUCGAGAUGAUAUAGUCACCUUUCUUGGAUGUACAUCUCGUCAACAAUGGUGCAAUCCCACCUUCAACGGCAGUGAUCAGUGCCAACCAUUGCAAGGCCGAAUAGCUUCCACGAUGGAGCCAUUCCCAGCUCAGCAUGAGAAGCAACGAAAGAUCCAUUACUGGCUCACUACCAUGACGGAGAACCUCACGCCAUCAAUGUCAAACGUCAUAUCCACUCUAGGUGUAUCGGCUUUGACGGCAAGAUUCAGACUCGGCGGGUCCCUACAAGGACCGAUACCAGACAAUCAGUGGCAGCUGGAAGUACAGCACUGGUUCUCAACUUCCAUGGCUGCAUUGCAAGAUGCCUUCGUUGCUGGUGCCGCGGGGGCCCCAUCCGUGGAGCUCCGUCCGUACUUCGAGCCACCGGCAAACUUACAGGAACGCGGCAUCUGCCACAACCAGAAAGUCCACAGCGCCGGCUACAUGAACUUCUCCAUCUUCGGCAUCGCCAUCAUCUUCUCCGUCGGCGGCCUCAUCAUCAUCGCCUCGUACGCCAUCGAGCCCCUCGUCGCCUGGCUUCAAAAGCGCCGCCGUACCGUCUCGUACUCGCGCCUCGAGUGGUGCACCAACGAAACCAUCCAGCUCCAGCGGCUGGCCAAUGAGGAGAUAGGUCUCGGUAAAUGGGACUGCGUCGAUGAAAGUAUUCCUGUGGCGCGCAGGGACGACUUUUUGGCUGUGCUGGACUUAGUUGAUCCGAAGCAUCCGAGACUGCAAGCACCGCCGGCGUCGUAUGAGGAUGUUGCACGGGCGAAACUCCAAGAACGUGAGGUCGAUGAGAACAAGACGUUUCGUGAGGAGACGAGGGACACAGAUGAGACGACUACGUUGGAAAGUCAAGCCGCCAGGACGGUGUAG